AUGGCGACCGGGAGUCUCUGUUGUGUUUCUGCCUCUAUCGCACACAUAAAGAACGAGAACAUUGCUUCUUCAAUCGCCGCUACUACUACUACCAACAGCACCAGCACCAGCACCAGCACCACCACUACCACUACCACUAUCACUACUGCUACAAUCCCCACCCCACGACCAAAGCGGCAGAAACGAAACGGCGGCAACAUCAGCGGCGGCGGUAGCGGCGAUAGCGGUAGUAGCGACAGCGAUAGUAGCGGAGGAGAGCCAGCACAUGUAGUUCUAGCGCGGCACCAUGUCAGCUUCACUGUGAACCCCGCCGAGCAGGCUGGGGUCCUAGGGAUUUAUGCGGGCUCUGAGGUCCCGGUUGUUGUUGAUCUGCGGCUUAUAGCUCUAAAUCUCGACCCAAGCACCCUCCCCGCCACCCUCCCGCGCGACAUAACCUGGGCAUCCACAAUCACCACCCACUUCCCACCCACCAAGACCCCCACCACUCCCCGCCCCUUCAGCAGCUCCUGCAUCCUCACCUUCUUCCCCGCGCCCGCAACUAUAUCACUAACCCUAACCCUCACCGCCCGCUGCCACAACGCCCCCACAUCCUCGACCAUCGCCCUGGCAAGCACCGACCCCUGGUGGCGCCUGCUCGCAGACGCAUUCCCGGCGCACGCACCGGUCGUCAAGGGCGCGCGCGCGGUCACGCCGAAGGACUUUUAUGCCGCCUGCCACACACCCGCGCGCACGCUGGUGGUGCCGGACUCGGUGCAGCACCCGGUACUGGAGUGUACGCUGCUGCCGUACCAGCGCCGCACAGUCCAGUGGAUGCUGGACCGUGAAGGUGCCCCCCCUACCGCCACCGCCGCCGCUAUUCCGGCGGAGAAAGACGGGCCCCCACCGACGUUUUUCUGCGAGCGAGACGCAGAGGGCGGCGAGUGCUAUGUAUCGCACGUGUACGGCAUCGUCAGUAAAGACCUGCCGGCACUCUGGCGAGCAGCAGAGCUACCGCGUGGCGGCCUGCUAGCGGAAGAGAUGGGGCUCGGCAAGACAGUCGAGAUGAUAGCGCUGCUGUCGCACCACGCCAUGCCAGCCGCGGCGCUGGCGGCCGACCGCCGCAACAUCGCCGCAACACUCAUCAUCACGCCGCCGAGCAUCCUCGAGCAGUGGAAGGCCGAGAUCGCCGCGCACGCGCCGAGUGUGCGCGUGUGCCACUACCGCGGUCUGAAGCAGCAGCUGUGCGCCAGCACCGACGAGGUCGUGGAGCUGUUCCGCGCGGCGGACGUGGUGCUGACGACGUAUGCGGCGCUGUCGCACGAGCUGCACUAUCUCGCGGGGAAGGACUGGUCGCAGCGGCUCAUGAAGACGAAGCGCUACGAGGCGCGGCGAAGCCCCCUCGGCGAGCUGACCUGGUGGCGCGUCUGCGUGGAUGAGGCCCAGAUGAUUGAUGGCGGGCUUAGCAAUGCGGCCGUCGUGGCGCGGCAGAUACCCCGUGUCAAUGCGUGGGCCGUGUCUGGGACGCCGAUCAGGAGGGAUAUCAAUGACCUGCACGGGCUGCUGCGGUUCCUGCGGUAUGCGCCGUUUGAUGAGCGCGGCGGGGGGGCGGCGCUGUUCGCGACGCUGGCAAGGUACAACCAUGCUGCGUUUGGCGCGGUGGUGGGGGAGAUUGCGCUGCGGCAUACGAAGGACAUGGUGGGCGACGAGAUCCGGCUGCCGCUGCAGAAGCGGGUCGUGGUGCGUGUUCCGUUCAGCGCGAUCGAGGAGCAGAACUACCGUCACUUAUUCCAGCAGAUGUGCGACGAGUGCCGCCUCACCGAGGAGGGCGAGGGCGGGAGGAGGAGGGACGACGGCGAUGGGGAGUUGUUGCCGGAGGUUGUGGAGAGGCUGCGGGUGUGGUUGACGAGGCUGCGGCAGACGUGUUUGCACCCGCAGGCGGGCGAGAGGAACAGGAAGACGUUUGGCGGGGCGAGGGCGCCGCUGAGGACGGUGGAUGAAGUGUUGGACCUUAUGGCGGAUGCGCAUUCGGUUGCGGUCAGGAACGACGAGAGGGCGCUGUUUGAGUCGAAGAUCCGCAGAGGGCAGCUGCGUGAGAUACAGAAGGACUUUAACGCUGCGCUGCACGUGUGGAUGGGUGUGUUGGCGGAGGUGAGGGAGGUGGUGGGGGAGUGUAGAGCGGCGUUGGAGGCGGAGCCAAAGACGAAGAUGCAGGAGGCUAUAGAGGAGCCUGUGGAAUGGCGUGAGGAGGAGGAGAAUGAAGAGACGGUGGAGCAUGAUGGCAGGGCUGAUACAAGCCGCCAUGGGACGCUGCGGAACCGGCUUCGGAAUAUCUUGGAGCUCGAGCACGCCUGUCUCUUCUGGGUUGGGACUGCAUGGUUCCAGCUUAAGGAGAAGAAGGAGGAAGUAGACCCCGAGAGCGAGGAAAUCGCCCAGCUCCGCCAAAAGGAGAAGGAGCACUAUGACGCUGCCAAACUUGUCCGUAAAGAAAUGAUGCACGAGACACGCAGUCGAGCCCUCAAGUUUCUCAACACCCUCCGCACCCGCGCCACCACCAACCGCUUCGCCGCCAUCCCCGCCAUCCCCGCCAUCAACACCAACUGCGGCAUCGAAACGCAGACCCUCCUCUACGACAUGGUCGACAUCGCCACCACGCUCAACGCACAGGCCGACCUCAUUACUCAAUGGCGCGCGCAGCUGCUCGAGCUCCUCGCAAAGCCCAUCCUCGACGAAGACACCACCACCGACGAGGACGAGGACGACAACGACCGCGGCAACGAGUUCGAGGUCUCCGUGUCCGACCAGGAGCUCAGCGAGCGCCUCAUGACGGGGAUCCGCGUGCUGCUUGCGGACCGCGCCGAGGCGCUGGCCGGCGAGGCGAGCAGCGCGCUCAUCCGCCAUGAUGUGCAGGCGGACUUGGCGCGGAAGGGGCUACACCAGGCGUUCUUUGCGGAGAUGAUGGCGCGGAGGGAGGCGCUGAGGCUACCGGAGCAGGUGGCGUGUCGGAGUGUGAAGGCGGGGAUUGCGGAGCUGCGGCAUAAGGUGGCGGGGUUUAGGGGUGCGGGUGGGGGUGGGGGUGGGAGGUUGGCGAUGCAGAGGGAGCUGGUGGAGGUGGAGAUGGGGGUGUUGGCGGAGGUUGUGGGCGUGCAGAUGGAGGUGAAUAAGAAGUUGUCAAAUGAGAUUGAGUUUUUCCGAAAUGUGACGAAUGCGAGGAAGGAGUACUAUUCGCAGAUGCAGGCGAUCUCGGAUACUGUGGCGCCGUUUGAGCCGGAGGUGUUCUUCCCUAGGAGCGUGCGCAUCGAUGAUGCGUUGUUCCAGAAACUGCUGAACGAGGAGAAGGCCCUGGCCGAGAAAAUCACAAGGGCAAAGAGUAAACUGCGCUACCUGGUGCAUCUGAAAGGAAAAGGCGUCGAGGAGGAGCAGGAGUGCCUAAUCUGUAAAGAAACGUAUGAGAUUGGCAUACUCACGAGCUGCGGCCACUCCUACUGCAAGGAGUGCAUGGUCGAAUGGUACAAGGCGUCACACAAGUGCCCGGCAUGCACGGCGACGUUGAGCUUGAAGGAUAUGUACCAGAUAUCAUAUCGCCCGAAGGAAGCCACCAUGCAGGAAGAGCGCGCCCCGGCUUCUAGUAGCUCUGGUCCUGCUGCCGCCGCCUCCGCUAGCAUCUACUCCGGCAUGGAUAAGCGCAUCAUGGGUGAGAUAAAGCGUGUCGAGAUCAAUCAGCAUUUUGGCUCCAAGAUCGAUAUGAUAAUCCGUCACCUCCUCUGGCUCCGCCAGCACGAACCCAACUUCAAAGCCGUCCUCUUCUCGCAAUGGGGCGACUUCCUCGACUUCAUGAAGACCGCCCUCACCCGCUCGCACAUCGGCUUCGCCACGCUCGGGGACACACGCGGGCGCAGCGGCAUCCACACCUUCAAGACCGACCCAUCCACGCACUGCUUCCUUCUGCACGCAAAGUCGCAGAGCGCGGGGCUAAGCCUUGUCAACGCGACCCACGUCUUCCUCUGCGAGCCGUUGCUGAACGUCUCGCUGGAGCUGCAGGCGAUAUCGCGCGUGCACAGGAUCGGGCAGAAACGGCCGACGACGGUGUGGUUGUAUGUGGUUGACGGCACGGUCGAGGAGAAUGUGUGGGCGCUGGCGACGCGGCGGAGGUUGGCGCUCAUGCAGGCUGCGGAUCCUCCUUCGCAGGAGGAGGAGGAGGAGGAGGGGGAUAGUAGUGGCCAGGAGAGUAGUGGGGGUGCUAGUGAUGGGUCGUCGCCGGCGUCGUCGUCGGCUGAGGAGGAGCAGGAGCAGGGGGAGAGGAGGCUGGAUGUGGCGAACUCAGUGGAGCUGCAGAAGGGCGUGGGGGAGCUGGUGGAGAGGGGAUUGGCGGCGGGGAGGUGGUGCGGUGUGCGGAUGUGUGGGAGUGUGUGUUUGGUGCCGGGGAGGGGGAGGGGGAGGGGGCGGGGGCGGGUAGGGGCGGGGGCGCGGGAAGGUGGUGGAGGAUGUGGUGAGGAGGGAGAUGUUGGCGGGGGCGGCGGAGGGGAGGAUGCGUGUGGGAUUAGAUAG